UUCCUAGAGUGAAACCUUCACUAUAAUAGACAACCAACUAUAUCUCUCUUCUUUACUUCCUUUUUUAUUUUCACUUGUUCAUAUCCUUUUAGAUUCUUCUCUUUUAAUUCUGAUACUUUUGAGUGGUGCCCAUUUGUUUUCUCUACUAUUCUUUUCCCUUAUUAUUCUUGUAUUUCUGCGUCGUUUUUCUUUCUUAUAUAUCUUCCACCUACCGACUACUACUAAACCUUCAAUACAAGGUUCUAUAGAUUUACUUUAAUUUCACUCAACUUUCCUUUCAUCAAUUACAAACUUCAUGUUAUGUGUAAGAGGCUUUUUGGUUUGCUAAGGUUGUUCUUUCUUAAUUUCUUGUUGUUCUCUUACAUAAGGGAAUGGUAGUACCUAAUUAGAUACUUGUUUAUUGGAGAGAUUCAAAUUAGGCUUGAAAUUCUAACAAUAUAUUCUUUCCAUCAAAGAUAUGUCACACAAUAAAGAAACAACAACGAUGAGCAGCAACAACAUGUUUUCUAAGGGUAAGAAAUCCGGUCAUGAAUGUGAAUUAAGGCCAGGUGGAAUGCUUGUUCAGAAGCGUGAUUCAAACUCGGAUCGAAACUCCGAUUCGGCUGCAUUGUCCACCAUCAUGGUUAAAGUGAAAUAUGGAUCUGCAUAUCACGAACUUCCUAUUAGUUCGCAUGCAAGUUUUGGGGAACUGAAGAAGAUGUUGAGAGAACGUACAGGGUUGCAUGCUCAGGAUCAAAAGUUAAUGUUUAAGAAGAAAGAGAGAGAUUCAAAAUCAUAUUUGGACGUUGAAAGAGUCAGAGAUGGAUCAAAGUUGGUGCUUUUUGAGAAAAUUGAGAGCAGAGAAAGAAGGAUGCUUGAGACCUUAAGAAUUGCAAAGAAGGAGAAAGCCUCAAAAUCCUUGAAGGAAAUUAAUCACCAGGUUCAACCACUUGCUCACAAGGUUUCAGCUUUGGAAGCUGGUGCUUCUACAGGCGGGGUUAUAGCAGAGUUGGAUAUAGAGAGUUUGACAGAAAAUCUGAUGAGAAUGUUGAUUACAUUGAAUGAAAUUUUCGCUGAGGGGGACCUGAAAUUACAAAAAAGUGAGCAGGUUAGGAGAGUUCAGAAGCAUAUUGAGACUCUUGAUACAUUGAAGAUGAAAAGGCAAAAAAACGUGCCUCAAAAAAUUAAAGCAGCGGAGGAGCAACAACUAAAACAUUGGGACUCAGUUGUUGUAACAACAAAAUGGGAAACUUUUGAUUGAGGCUAUUAAAUAUCUUAAUUACUGGCUUCUUCUCU